UGUGUGCCUUAUAGAUAGACAGCUUUAUGAUCAAUAUGCUAUAAAAUUACGAUAACAGCGUGUAAUUUUGAGAUAAAAAGACUUAAUUCAAAGCCUAUAGAAGACGUGAUUGGCAAAAUAUUCACACAUCGAAGUUAUAUGAGACAAAUAAUGACAAAAUCUGGUUUUACAGUGUGUUUACGUCGUCUGCAAAUACAACAUGUUGCAUGACGAACGCUUCAUGUUUUGUGGAUAAAAUGUUUUUCCCCGUUAUACAAUAUAGGAAAGAGACUUAUGUUGUAAAAUAAUAUUUGUGACGUGACUUAUGCUGGUGUCAAUAUAGGAGGUCAUGAUUUGAAUAUAGAUUAUGCAUGAAGAGGUAAUCUCAAAUGCAUUUUUUUAGUGGAUCAUGGAAAAAGAAACAACUGCUAUGUGAUGAACAAAUACGACAUACUGGGGGUUGUAGGUGAAGGUGCCUAUGGAGUGGUAUUAAAAUGUCGUCAUAAGGAAAAUGGAGACAUGGUUGCAAUUAAGAAGUUUAAAGAUAGUGAAGAAAAUGAAGAUGUGAAGAGAACGACACUGCGCGAGCUGAAGAUGCUGCGCGCCCUGAAGCAGGAAAACAUUGUGGAACUGCGGGAAGCCUUCCGACGCAAGGGCAAGCUCUACCUCGUCUUUGAAUAUGUCGAAAAGAACAUGUUGGAGUUACUGGAGGACAUGCCUAACGGUGUAGAACUGGAGAAAGUGCGCAGCUACACCUUUCAGCUUUGCAAAGCCAUUCAGUGGUGCCAUUCCAAUGAAAUCAUUCACAGAGAUAUCAAACCUGAAAAUUUGUUAAUUAGCAAAAAUGGCAUCUUGAAAUUGUGUGACUUUGGUUUUGCGCGGAAUAUCACAGGUGGAAAUGAUGGACUGUACACAGAUUACGUUGCAACUCGAUGGUACAGAUCACCAGAAUUGCUUCUUGGAGCUGCGUAUGGCAAGUCGGUUGACAUCUGGGCUAUUGGUUGUAUUCUCGGAGAACUGAGCGACGGACAGCCACUGUUUCCCGGGGAGAGCGAGAUUGACCAGCUGUUCGUCAUUCAGAAGGUUAUUGGGCCUUUGCCUCCAGACCAGAUGAACAUGUUCUACGAAAACCCACGCUUUUCAGGACUGAAGUUUCCUGCUGUAUCGACUCCUGAAACGCUUGUAAAACGAUACCAAGGAAUCCUAAACAGUGCUCUCAUCGACUUUAUGGAGAUGACUCUUCAGCUAGAUCCACCAGACCGUGCGUCAAUAGAGGACUGCCUGGAUCAUUCUUGUUUUGAGACCGAGCGACUUCUCAACCGACAGAACCCUCCUGCCAGAGGCACGAGUGCACACAUCAAAAAACGCAAAACUGACUACAAUGAGCAACUCAAUGGUGACUGUUCUAAGGCAAACAGUCGACCAUGUUCAGUAUUUGGCUUAGACCAUAAAGAAGACUUAGAAAAAAUGGACAUUUGUGAUACUGGCAAGGUAGACCAGCAAAACCAAAUUCAAAGCAAAUACUUGAAACAGGUGAAAAAUCAGUCAAAGAUCAAAUCAAACGGCAAGGAUGUGGUGCUCACACAAGUGAAAAGUCAAAACGACAUCAGUGAGGAGAAUUUCGAUGUCAAUGUAAGGGAGUACAGAUCACAGACUAAAAUUGGCGUCAGUCAGUCACAGCACAACAUGGAGAUAGAUUCGGAUUUUAGAUCUAAAAAUAUUGCUAAGACGGAUAAUCGACAUCAGAGUACGUUCUCUGACUUUCGUAGUACGAACAAUAGGGAUUUUUAUUCUAGUGUUUCUAAGAAGCAGCUGCCGUUGUUGGACACGGGCGAGGAGGCCGAGAGUGAGGAGGGUAUGGACUGGACCGCUUGUGAUUCCAAGUACAUGAAGAAGAAGGAGCCAGUACACCAUUCGGAGACGGAUCACAAUAACGACCAGCAGACGAACGACGUAGACGAACACUCGACAGACACGUCCUUCGACAGUCGCAGCAAUAAGGCAAGCACCUACACCAUAAACCUUGAAGCUCCUGGUCAGAAUAAUCCUCUUAAAGGUUCUGCAUCACCACGGAACGAAAGGAAAAAGUUUUUAAACCAGGCCACGCAGGAUGAAUUGUACAGAAUUAAGUCGAGUACGUUGGGAAAGAAAAAGAGCCGAGACGCUGCGGCUCCUAUUAAUAACGUAACAGAGAAGCUGUCUGAUGCCAAGCUUCAACCAUCAGGUGAGGCUGCCUCGAGAUUCAAGGAAUCACACAACUAUGCUCCAGCCAGGAAACCACGGAACCAGUAUAUUGAUGAGCGAAGUCAAUCCCCAGACUUCAGUUUCUCUCAGCACGAUAUGACACGUGACUCCCGCCACCUGAACCUGCAGGCUAGGUCGUAUGCGAAGUAUGCAGGUCACCAGCCCUACCAUCUCCGCACCGAGUCCCCGUCCGUCAGUCAUCACUCGUCAUGGCGGGGAAUUGACAACUCGGGACAUCCAGAUAGACACAAUGGAAUUUCAAUGUACAGUCUUGCCAGGAGAAAGAAGAAACAAAAAUUCAUGCAGCAAACCACUGCUGAUGUAGCCGAUGGUAGCAUUUCUCCAUCGACCACCGUGCGCAACCCAUCUCGUUUGUCACGAGUCGACUAUGACUGGAACGAAGCAGAGGCAGCCGAACUGUAUUCACCUCGGGACGUUGGGACACAGAGGGAUAUGAGCUACUCUCGAGAGAGGAAACCUUUCAAGCAGUCCCCGAUACAGCUGCAGAAAUUAAACCAGGCGGCAGUUGAUCGGGGUCUUCGGUUGCAGCCUCUGCAGAAAUCUUUCAUCCAGCCAGCCACGAACAUGCAGCACGUGGAUGGAUAUCCUGGUAAAAACUACUCAAGGACUGACAAUGAAUCAAAAGUUCUUUCCUCAAUGUCGGGAACAGAACUUCGGACGGGAACGAAAUCGCGACCUUCUUCCGUGAUCCGAGACAACAAUCAUGACAGUGGCUUUAUAUUGCCAAAGGGCAACGAACUGCGGCCUGUUAAAGGUUUCAAAUUCAACAAACCACAGUUGGAAAACCGCGGCGGGCAUCACGAACCUUUCAUGUAGUUGAGGGGGGGGGAAACAUCCAUGACCACGGAGUUGAUAAAUUACAUUACCAAGUUUGCAGAGAUUUCAUAAGCUGUUGAAUGGCAUGCUCAGCUUAGCUUAGCUCAGCUCAGCUGUGUAUUUGAGAAUAUGCAUUGUUUUCAGUGAAGUCUCACGCACUUGAGUUACUCCCACAUAGUAAACAAGAAAGUAGUAUUGCAUCGAUGUGUGUAGCUAGUUGAUAUUUGCUGACCCGUCUCACAACAUGUCUCACAGAUUGCAGACAGUACGGUAAUUGUUUCAAAAUUAUCUGGUCAUGUUAUAUAUAGUAAGUACACUUUUACGUUCACUAGGUGAUUUUUUCUUCUUUUUUUAAUUCGUGCAUCCAACAUAGUAUAGUGUAUUUUUGGUGCAGAUGACCAAGAUGUGUAGUGAAAAUUGUACCAUGUUUUUGUUUGAUAAAAUAUUUAAUAUUCAAACAAAUUUCUGUGAUAUUUGUAUAAAAUAAUAAUUAUUGUUUAUGUUUUUUGUCUUUUGGAAUUAUUGUUUACUUUUUUUGGUACUAUUCAUCAAUUAAAUAACACUCGAGGUGAAGCAUGUUUGGAAUGCAUUAUGUUUGCAUUCUAAAUGUGCUUAAUAUUAAAAUGUUACUAGGGGGUGGCGUUUUAAAAAAUAUUUUCAUGUUUUGGUUUCUUUCAUAGGAUGGGCUAGGUGUGCCCCUUGAUUUACAUGAUGAGUAUGUGUAUAACAGUUACACACAGGUCUUAGUAGUUUAUUGUUAGGGAUGUUUUAAACACCUAAUAGAUGCUCCUGAGAUUUGUACACAUUCACAAAACAGGACAUAAACCCAAUAUAUUUUAAUAUUUAAAAUAUGGUUAUUUUUAUAUGCCCAUCUUUAUAUACUGAUGGAAAGAAAUAAAGGAUCACACAGAUAGCAACAAGCAAUAAUGACUGCAUCAAAAAUCA